GACACACUGCCAUAGUUUCUCACACACACGCACGCGCGCGCGCACACACACACGCACACCCGGGGGCACGAGGCGGGCUGGUCGAGCGCGAGAUCAUGUGAGAGUCCACGCGCUGAAAGUAGGUUACAGAGAGAGAGAGACACAGAGAGAGAGAGAUCGAAGCCGCAGAGGAGAAGAGAGAAGUGCGUUGAAUUUAUUGCAAGCAAGUGCAGCGCGUGCAUGCGUGCAAACAAGACAAACUAGACAACAACAAAACAACCGCAUUAGACUACAGUUCUGAACUUCAGGGACGCGCUUCAGGGAAACUUAUGAGGUUUUGCCGCUCCGGUGUAAACGUUUACACCGCUCCGAUCCGGAGCCCCGAACACUUCAGUUGGCUCGAGCCGACCCGUUCAAAUGUUCUGGAGUUGCAUAAUUAUUCAAAGAUAAUAUUAAUAACCUAGAUCCGGCAUCAAGAUGAGAGCUCAAAUCGAGGUGAUCCCGUGUAAGAUCUGUGGAGAUAAGUCAUCAGGUAUUCACUACGGCGUGAUCACAUGUGAAGGGUGCAAGGGUUUCUUCCGCCGCAGUCAGCAGAACAAUGCCAUGUACUCCUGCUCUCGGCAGAGGAACUGCCUGAUCGACCGCACCAACCGCAACCGCUGCCAGCACUGCCGCCUGCAGAAAUGCCUGGCCCUCGGCAUGAGCCGUGAUGCUGUGAAAUUCGGCCGCAUGUCUAAAAAGCAGCGGGACAGCCUCUACGCAGAGGUUCAGAAGCACCAGCAGUCCCAGGAGAGGACCAGCGGCCCCGGGGGCAUUACUUUGCCCUCCCGCGUAAACGAUGACAUCGGAGAGAACGGUAACGGCGGGCACGGCCGGGCGUACAGCCGCAGCAGCUCCAGCACGGCCCUCAGCGACCUGGACGACAUCGGAGCGCUGCCAGACAGCCUGCUGUUCGACCUGCCGCUGACGCCGGAGGACGCCGGCGAGUACUGCAGCCUGGACCUGCUGGGGGGCAGCAGGGGCAGCAGCUCCUCCUCCCAGAGUUCCCCAGAACAGAGCGUGCAGGAGUUCAGCGACACGCCCCACAUCAAACACGAGUACCAGCUCCUCCACGAGACCGGCAUGUACACACACUCACCGCUCAACGGCCAGCCUGAGGGAUGCUCCCUGCUGGAGAUAGAGCGCAUCACUCAGAGUGUGGUGAAAUCCCACGUGGAGACGAGUCAGUACAGUCCUGAGGAGCUAAAACGGCUCACCUGGAACCUCUACACAAGCGAGGAGACCCGCACCUACCAGAACAAGCCGUCAGAGGUGAUGUGGCAGCAGUGUGCAGUUCACCUCACCAACGCCAUCCAGUACGUGGUGGAGUUCGCCAAGCGCAUCACCGGCUUUAUGGACCUGUGUCAAAACGACCAGAUCAUCCUCCUCAAAGCAGGCUGUUUAGACGUGUUGCUGAUCCGGAUGUGUCGAGCCUAUAACCCCCUCAAUCACACGCUGCUGUUUGAUGGGAAGUUUGCCAGCCCACAGCUCUUCAAAGCACUGGGCUGUGAUGACCUGGUGAAUGCUGUAUAUGAACUGGCCAAGACCAUGAGCCGUCUGCAGAUGACCGAGGAGGAGAUGGCCCUCUUCAGCGCCGCUGUGCUCCUGUCUCCAGACCGGCCGUGGCUGAGUGAUAGCCAGCGGGUGCAGAGGCUGCAGGAGAAAGUGUACCUGGCUCUGCAGCGCUGCCUCAACAGAGGAGGAACCUCCGAGGAGAAACUGACCAAGAUGGUGGCUAAACUGCCCAUCAUGAAGUCUAUCUGUAACCUCCACAUCGACAAGCUGGAGUUCUUCCGCCUGCUCCACCCCGAAACGGCGUACAGCUUCCCCCCGCUCUACAGGGAAGUGUUCGGCAGCGAGAUCACCUUCCCCGACUCCACCGAGGGCUAGAGCCGGCCUGACGCGGCCCGCAGACUGGUGCUGAGAGAGAGAGAGAGAGAGAGAGAAAAAAAAAAGAGAGAGAGAGACAGGACUUUAGACAGGAAGCUGUAGGGAUGAUAAGAGGAAGAGGUGUGGUAGAAUUGAGCGUCACAGGCAGACCAGCAGCUCACUGACAAUCCUGCACGCAUCACUUUAGAACUCCCAGCAUCCCUUUCUUUAGGCUCCCUCCCACUUGGGGAUACUGGAACCAGUACGAAAGCAGCCCCUCCUAGUUUUUUUAACUUACGAUGAUUUUUAUUUUUUUUUGUUUGCUAUUAAGAAACAGUCUAAACACACACACACAUACAUACACACACACACACACAGUGCUGUGUAGUCGAGUGUGUAUGUGUGUAGAUGCUACCUACUGAGACAAAGGCAGUGCUCCAUUUUUAUUGGAGACUGAACCUCUAAAAUUGAAGUAUUCUAAUAGAGCGGAUUGGGACACAGCCGCCUGUUCUGUACCCUUUAGAGAAGAGACACUUGAUGAAUGUACCCUAGUGGAUAUGUGGCACAGCCGCCUCAGGAACGAGACAGAAUGUAUUAAGUGUGUUUGUCCUCAUUUUUUUUUGUUUUUUUUGUUGGUUUUUUUUCAAGCUUUUAAAGCUCGAUUUUACUUUUUUUCUUUUUUUUUAGCAGUUUGGUGUCACAUGAUCCCAAACCCGACUGUUUGGAGGGACCAAUAGCAAGCAGACUUUAUCAUAACUGAGUCAUAACUGUGUUGUUUUUAGCAUUUCAGCAUGCUAACUCAGAACUCAGUGUCCCUCAUUCUGUAAAGUCAAAGCAAAGUCUGCCAAGUGUUCACUUAGCUGUGGUGUAUUCUUAACUGAACAGCAGCUAAUGUGCAUGCUUUUAUACAGGGAUGUGUGCAGACGGUGUUUCUGAGCUUUUUUUUAUUUGUAUUUGAUAUUAUUUUUAAUUAUUAAUAAUUUAAAAAACGAAACCUCAGUCCCGCUACCUUUUCCCCUGCAAAUGCCACUCUAGAAUGAAAGAGAAAGUAUUUUAAUAUUUUUCUGUAAUUAAAUUAGAUACUAGAGAGAUAUAUUUAGGGUAAUAGAAGUGUUUGAAUAAAGAUUUUAUAUAUAUAUAUAUAAAUAUAUAUAUAUAGAUAUAUAUUUAUAUGCCGAAUUGAUCAGACACAAAGGUUAAGAUAUACAGAUAGAUACAGACAGACAGAUAGACAGGUUUAGCUAGAUAGAUAAGACAGAAAGACAGCAUGAAAGGAAAAGCACCAUAAAAAAAGACAGAAUGAAUGAAUGAAUGUUCUCAACGCCCUUCAGAAACUGGCUUUAAAACAAAAGCUUAUUGGCCGAAACCGGGCCGAGACCGGACCGAACCGAGACCCGAGUCGCUGCCUCAAGAAAGCUCUGGAUUUUGAGGCAGGCGGAAAGCACUUACGAACUUCGAGAACUCCCACAAACCCCACAAAUCUGAGAACUUAGAACUUGGACCUUCAGAACCAGCUCUUCCUUCAGAACCAGCCUACACCUCACUCAGGAUUGCCUCACCAGAACACACUCACACACUCCCAUUACACUCAAAAACUAACUGGACAAUGCUGUGGCCAGCAGCCUCAAUCUGAAGUAGAACUGGAACUUUACCCACCACCUACUGAAGUGCUUGAACACUGGGAAUGCUGGGAAUGGAACAGUAUAUUUGGAUUUACUCGGUUCAAAUGUGUGCAUCACUCAUGUUAGCGCUAGCAUUGAUUAGCAUGACGAGCUGGUAGAGGAAGGGAGGGGUCUAAUUACUGUAUUCCCGCUUGAACAGCUUAGACUUGGAUGAAAUUCAUGUCUAUGUAUUGCUGUGUGCAAAUAAACUGACACUUAGACUGUUGCGCCACCCAGGCCCCUAGACACUCUGAAUAAGAAUAAGAAUUAGAAUAAGAAUAAGAUGGGUUAUUGAAAUUGGAAUUUUAAAACAACAACAACAACAAAAAAAACAUAUAUCCAUAUUAUUAUAAGCAUUUUUUAUACAGUAUACACAUUUUCUUAUACUCUUAUAGUUUAUGUGGACCUAAUUGAUGUACACAUUUGAAUGGAGUAAAUUCUGCUAUGCUUCAGUGUUCUGCUAUAUGUAGCAGCAGCAGCAGCAGCAGCAGGAGCUGGUGGGGGGAUUUAUGAGGCCCGUGGAGAUUCCAGAACUGGAACAGGAAAGGCGGAACUUUGUGUUAAAACAGACCACAUGUGGCUUGCUUCCAGAGACCCAGUCUGGGCUUUCCAGGACACAGCUGGGCGUGGCCACAGCGGAAACGGAAAUGGGAGAUGGUGUCCACAGCCCGUCGCUCUCUCUCAUCCUCAUGGAGAUAGAGUGGAGAUACCGGCGGUUCUCCAUGUUCUCCACGUUCUCCACGUUCUCCACAUUCUGAUAUGGAGGAGGAUGGUUCUCAGUGUUUUUUUUUUUUGUGGUGUGAUUUUUUAUUUUAUUUCUCUUGACCUGGUUUGACCUUUCUGCUCUCUAACUAAUGAACAGUUCUGAUGUGCUAUUGUAUAACAGAGCAACAGAGCAGCAGCUCCACCCCCUCUUUCCCUCCCUCCCUCCCUAAUGAGUAAAGGACUACUACCAUGGUUAAAGAGUAUAAUUCUAUUUUUCGUAUUUUUGCAGAGCAAACUGAAGGACAAAACAAAUGUUUCUAUUUUGCGCAGAUGUAUUUUUCCACUUUAGUGCGUUAAGCUCCGGUUCAAGGUUCGACAGGUCGAGACAUUGUAGCAUACGCUAACGUUUCAUGUGCUAAUCUCCAGCGCGCUAAUCUCAAGCGCGCUGAAACUCCUCCUGUGUCUUCAGAGCGAAGGAGCAGGAAGUUCAGACUUCUUGGAGAUUGGCAUCAGACUCUCUAGGGAGCUCGGUGUGGCCGGAAAGCCGCCCAGAUCCCGUACAGAACACUUUAUGUCUUGUUGUUGUUGUUGUUGUUCAUUUUGUUGUUCUUAUUGUUGUAAAUUCUAUUUCUGUAGCAUUGUACACAAACAGGUCAGUGUACAAAACUGACUGCUUCUGCCGUUAUAACCGUUAACACUUUAGCGAGUUUUAUCAGUUUUUACCACUUCUUUCCGAGUUUCUGCACUGCUGGAACAGUGCUCGUCUCAGUCUAGACUCAACACCUUCCCUCCUCUCAGCUUUUAUGAAGAACUCUCAAGUUCAAUUGGUUCUAGAUCACUUCUCUGGGUGCUUAAAUGAAUAUUAUAAUGUUUUCUUACUCAAGCACUCAAGCACAUUUUAGAAUGAAUAUUUUAGAGGGAUUUCAUUGUGAGAAAUUAUUUUUAAAGAUUGAGCACAGUGCACAGAUUACCUCCUAUAUGCUUCCAUGAGGAAUAAAGAGUUGGAAACGUAUUGUAUUAAAGAUUGGAACACAUCCAUUUUCAAUUUAAUUAAUAUUCUCUUUCAUUUCCACUCUUAUGCAGAAAAAGACUGAGUGAAAUAUGUUAACAUUGUUUUAUUAUACAUUAUAUUUUAACGUAUAAUUUUACAGGGGUAAAAGCCUCAUGUUUUAUUAUUGAGUAUCAUCCACCAUGGAAGCUUAUAGGAGGUUCUACAACUGAAUCAGCAUUGUUGUAAAAAUCUGAGUAGUGUGUUUAAUAAUGUGUUUUUUGAGGAGUAAACAUUAGAAUAGUCCUUUAACACAGUGGGACUGUGCAAUAGUCGGCCUCUGGCCCGUUACGACAUGCAGGACCCCCACUGCUGGGGGAACACUCACAAACACUCCAAAACUAAUCUUACAAUAUUUCUCCAGCCUGAACAAAAGGCUGCAGAAUACUUUAUUUACUCACACACGCUCACACAUUCACACACGAACACACACACACACACUCGACUAGCAUUAGCUCACUUAGCUCACUAGCCAGAUGGAGGACUAAUUUUUUUUAAACAGGGUAAGAAGAUUAAGUUCAGGUAAAAUAUUUUUUUAUUAGGGUUUUUUUUAAAGUGGGAAUUUAUUCUUCAUUUAAUGAAUUUAGUGGUUAAUAUCAUUCAGAGGUUUGGUGUGAAAUUGUGCUUCAUUGUAGAGAAACUUACCAAUUCUGACUUCUUUAAAGGGUAACUAAACCGCUCAAAUUUGAAAAAGGCAAAAAAAUGGGACGGGCACUGGGUGAUGUAUGGGUUUAGAGGCGGGGCAGGAGGAAGAGCUGAUUGGCUGAUAGUGGUAAGACCUGGAUGGUUGGACGUCAGCAGAGGGCGGUAUUAUUAAGCGACUGAACUGCAUAUUGUGAUGUGUCAGCGUACCAAAGUACGCAGACACAUCAUCCUCGCCUAUAGCACAGUUGAACCUGAGAGGGCGCCGCAGAGGCAGAAAUUACCACAAUAAAAGCAUUUAUUUUUAUGUUUAUAAAAAUUUUAAGCAGAACUGGUGGGUUUCAUUACUUUAAAGUAACACAAUUUAGCUAUUAAUGGAACAAAAUAUGGUUAUGGCUUUAGUGGCUCUUUAAAACAACCUACUUCAAACUAUUUAAAGUGGGUGUGUUUCUUUAAAUGGAGCGUCUCACACCAAACUCACUCUAACUAAGAUAAUUACAGUUAAUAACAGAUUUAUCUUAAUUUAUUCUAAAAGUUUAAAUAGUGAAAUUUCCUUCUAAAGAGUCCUACAUAUGCCUGUGCUGAUAAUUGCUGAGAAUUAAUUGAAAACUAGAAUUAUUGUAAUUUUAAGACAUUUUAUGCAACUGAUAUAACGAUAAUAGUAUAAAAAUGCAAUAUUAAAGGUUAUGUCCAUAAAUUGAAUGAUAUGCCGAAAAUUUAUUUUUUGGGACAGGCCUAGUCCUACAAUAUUAAAUUAAAUUGAAUUUACCUCACCUAUAAAUGUUAACUUCAUUUGUGGGUUUUUGGGGUGUGAAGACUCAUUUUCACACACACACACACACACACACACACACAAACACACACAUUCACUCAGGGAGUUGGCUGGGCUCUCGGUCCUAUAAUUGUUGUAUUGUCUUCUUCAGUUAGCCUAGCAGGCUAACACCUCUCACCCAUUAGCAGAGAUACAUGCCAUGUGUGUUGCUAACUGUUCUCCUCAGUGUUCUCCAUUAAAUGUUCUCCCAUCUGAUUAUCAGCACCAUCACAGAACUUCACAACCUCAUCUAUAUAAGAAAAUAGGAUCUCAGACUAUGAUAAAGUAUAAAUAUAAUAAAUAUAUAUAUAUAUAUAUAUAAGAUCCUGUGUUUUUUUUUUCUCGUGAUCUGUCUCUCUGUCGCUGGUCCUGUUCCUCACACAGUUAGAGUUCUCCACCUCUUUAUUACGGAGAACCGUAAUUCUAUUUUUUUAAGAGCGUUUUUAAGAGAAGCAGAAUUUCCUGAGUUGUUAAUUGUCACAAUUCCUUCUGUGUUUCCUUUCAUUCUGAGUUUUUUUUUUUAAAUCAUAGAUUUUAAUAAAUGUAAUUUAUGAUGUAUUAUGAAUAAGAAGAUUUAAAAAGUUACACAGGAUGAAAUGUAAAUUGGACAUUGGGAAAACAGUAUAUGGAUAAAGAAUGUAAUAAAAGUCUUUUUACAUAAAAUGAA